AUGUCAGGCCGCAGUCUGUCUGAUCAGUUCCGCGAGGAGCAUGCUAAUUUCUGGACCCUCAUGGAGCAGAUCAUCGAUGGCCUUAGGAACAACUACCCAGCAAACCAAGAUGAGAUCAUUGGCAGGAUGGGCCAGCUCAAUCUCCAGCUCUCAACUCUUCGACGAGUCGGAGACAUGAUGGGAUUGAGUUACCCACCAACUGACAUCGUCCGUGAUGCUCCUCCCCAGUACUUCAGCGCCCGCGCCCAACGCCAUCAGAAUUACUUCGGUACUGAGUUCGGGUACUCAUGCUGGUAUACCCAAGCCCAGAUAGGCUACACCAUUGCAGACCUUCUCAACGGGAGGGACCACACCCGCGUAGCUGACCUGCUAGAGCAACUGCUAGUCAGCUGGCAAUUGACAGAGAUGAGAGUCUUCCCCCGACAACUCCCCACGCGCAACCCAGUCGAGCAGCCAGUCAAUAUCGUGCAUAUUGAUGGCCCGCCAUACUAUACACCAGGCGGUCCUGGACCACGCAUCAAGACAGCAAGGACUAUUGGGCCUGUCCGCACACACCCACAUAUCCGUCUUCCCGCCCCGACUGAUACUGCUCACGGUAUAGCACGGCAAACGCGCCAUCGCGCUGCGCCAUAUCCUGGACGGGGUGUUCGUCGGACACGUCCUGGAAAUACUAGACUAACCCCCCCGAUGCCUCGUGCGGCCCUGGCACUUCCUAAUACUAUUAUGCAGAAUGGUGAUGCUUCCCAUCUUCCAAGGCCGACUCUACCCCCUGUUCAAUCCCUAUUCACUCCAUAUGCCCUCCCUGGUGGAGUUACUCUUCCUGGUGCACCGCCUGCCUCUGUGCCACCCCCAAGUGGUAUGCAGCACCCGUUCCCUAUGCCAGCCCCAAAUACUGAGGCGACUAUGUCUGUUUUGAAUGCCAAUAUCAGGGACACUUUGCUAGGAGACCAGUCCCGUCAGAACCCCGGUUCUGGCAAUUAA